AUGAAUGGGACGCGGGGCUGGGGUGCCCUGGUGGACGUGCGCCCGGAGGAGCCGACCGCGGCGGGCAGGAAGACCUAUGCCAUGGUGUCUGGCCACUCACCCAGUCAUUCUCUGGCCUCAGAACUGGUGGAGUCCAACGAUGGACAUGAGGAGAUCAUUAAGGUGUACUUGAAGGGGAGGUCUGGAGACAAGAUGAUCCACGAGAAGAAUAUUAACCAGCUGAAGAGUGAGGUCCAGUACAUCCAGGAGGCCAGGAGCUGCCUGCAGAAGCUCCGGGAGGAUAUAAGCAGCAAGCUGGACCGAGAUCCAGGCGAGUCUCACCAUCAACAGGAGAUACAGGUGGUGCUAGAGAGACCAAACGGUUUUAGUCAAAGUCCCAAGACGCUGUAUAGCAGCCCACCUGAGGUGGACACCUAUAUGAAUGAAGAUGCUGAGAGCUUGAGGAAGACCGUGCGGGACUUGCUGGCCAAGAUGCAGAAGGCAGAGCAGCGGCACCAGGCAGACCGUGUGGCUUUUGAGGUCACCCUCAGCCGAUACCAGAGAGAAGCCGAGCAGAGCCACACGGCCCUUCGGAGAGCGGAGGACAGAGCGGAGCAGAAAGAGGUGGAAAUCCGAGAGCUGCAGAGGCGCCUGCUCGGGAUGGAGACGGAGCACCAGGCCGCACUGGAGAGGGUCAGGGAAGGGGAAGCGGCCCUGGAGGAGCUUCGGAGCAAGAAUGCUGACUGCCGAGCAGAACAGGAAAGGGCUGCUGACCUGGAAAAGGAGGUGGCCGGGUUGCGGGAGAAGAUCCACCACUUGGAUGACAUGCUCAAGAGCCAGCAGCGGAAAGUUCGGCAAAUGAUAGAGCAGCUCCAGAAUUCCAAGGCUGUGGUCCAGUCCAAGGACGCCAGCAUCCAGGAGCUCAAGGAGAAGAUGGCCUACCUGGAAGCAGAGAAUUUAGAGAUGCACGACCGGAUGGAACACCUGAUCGAGAAGCAGGUCAGCCACGCCAACUUCAGCACCCAGACCUGGGCCAAGACCGAGAACCUGGGCAGCGUCAGGAUAGCCAAGCCCCCCGGCCCCAAGCCCAUGCCUCUCAUCCGAGUGGUGGAAACAUGA